AUGGCAGCCAUCAAGCAGGAGAACGUCGACGAUGGUGAGGCUCACCUCACUGAGGAAGCCCGCCAAGCGGACGAAAAUCCCGCGGCCGUCGACGCUGCCCCUGCUGGUGAAGCUGGCCCAGCUGGUGCAAAUGCCCCGGCUGUCGACGCUCCUCCCGCUGGCGAGGCUCACCCCCAGCGCACCACCCUGAGGCUCAGGAUCACCCCGGGCUUCACCUUGAGGUUGAACCUCACCCAGCCCCCCAAUCCUGCCAGGCUCGAGGCGCUGUACCGCGCGGGCUUGCUGCGCUCGCCGGUGCUCCGCAUCUCGCGGCGUCGCGCGCGCCUCAACCGCCAGGCGAGGAAGGACCAGGCGCAGGUGAAACAAGUAGUCUGCCCUUCAAGAGCAUGGCAUCUCGGCCAAGUGCCGGGGAUGCGAGCGCCAGCCAGACAGAAUGGCGGCGCCAACGACCCUCACGUGAGGCCCGUCAUCAAGGGACCUCAUGUGCAGCAGCAUAGCGACGGCGAAGGGCGUCCCUCGAGAGGCGCAAUCGUGGGAUUUUCGAGUUUUGAGUUUUGCAAGCGCCUGGUGGAGGUGCGCUUAGACAAUGGAUUUCUGGUGAGAUCUCUCGGCGUCAUCGUUGCCGUCGUUCUUAGUUGA